AUGGACACUCUCGGAGAGAAUUGGUGGAAUCACAGGAUGCCCGCUUGCCUCAGACAGAGGGUGAAUUUCCGAAUUCCUUCCCGAGCCCCCUCCCAUCCAGCUUCGGAUAUCGUCGAAAUGGAGGGCGCCCCGGAAGUCCGUCAGAGACCAACAGUGACUAUGGGAUUCCGGAUGGUCCAGCAACAGGCCCACUCCACAGCGAGCCUUAUCUUCAAGCUCACGACCCCAUCCACAUCGGCACCGAGUUGCAACCCGGCUUUGAUCACGAUGAUUACCUGCCUGCGGACUUCCAUCGCGGUCAAUGGGAGGCGAUCCAAGCCUCACUCUCGACGGAUUGGCAUCGGGACUGGAGAGCCCAGAAAUCGCGGUACAAUGCCUAGCAUUUCGCGCGAGGCAGAGGGGACUUGCGCAGAGAUGAGUGACUGUGGAUUCUAUGCGAUCGUUGAAGGCAGGGUCAUGCUAUGGUGGCAGAAAAAUUGCUCGUUUUCCUAG